AUGCAACUGAAAGCACACUAAGAACUUAGGUUUUUUUUUUUUUUUUUUAAUUCAGGCAGCAAUGUCAGAUACGGCUUUGGUUCCCGGCGCCGAUGCGCUUGAGGAGACCUUGGGACGCCUUUCAAAAAAGCCGGGUGUCCGGGCAACCAUUGUGCUCGACCGAGCCUCGGGUGCUAUCUUGAAGACGAGUGGCCAGGUCGGGUCAAUACGGACGACGAAGCCUUCAAGCGCACCCGUGCCCGCCUCCGGGUCGUUCAAUAAGGAGGACGACGGGAGCGGUGCCAAGCACGAUCAAGGCGCAGAGGAGCUGGCCUCGAUGAUAUGGAACUUUGUCAGCACUGCUGGCGAUCUUGUGCAUGAACUUGAUACGGAGGACGAACUGAAAUUGCUGCGCCUGCGAACCAAGAAGCAGGAAUUUGUCAUCGUCCCCGAUGCUAAAUAUCUUCUCAUUGCAGUUCACGAAACCUCUGCAUGAGGAUCCAAGGUGACGGACCGCUUUGCGCGAGUGGAAGCAGCCCCGGCAAUUUCCAUCACGUUCUCAAUGGCAGGCCAUCCAGCCCUCCCAACUCCCGCAGGUUCGACAUGUCAGUUGUCAGUGCCAGCUUGCAGCGCUUUAAUUUCGCAUUCCACCUCGUCGUCACCAACCAAACGACCCACAAGCUUUGGUUGGUCAGGCGGUAGCGUCCCGGUCAGCACAUUUCGGGGUAAUUUAAAACACCUUGUGUACAACAACGCAGCUGUG